AUGAGUGGGAAUGAAGUUCUCAAGCAUUUGGCGGAUUUGCAAUGUAAAAAUUAUUCCGAUGCACAAUAUGAGGUUGAGUGUCUACAAAGUGAUCUUCAACAAAGCCAAUCUGUGAUCGAUAAUCUGCAAAAGGCUCUUGAGGCUUCGAGGAAAGAAAAUUCUGCUCUGACGCAGAAUAGCAGAGGGAAUGACAUUGAAUCAGCUGCAACAAUUGAGGCUCUUAGAGAAGAGAAUAGAAUAGCAAGACGAAAAGUUACUGAGUUGGAAGCGGAGUUCAGAACGUUAAAGACGGCCCGAAAUUCAUUGAAUCAUGGCAGAAUUCCCGAAGAUAUUGAAAGUCAACUUCAGGACUGGAAAAGACGGUUGACUUUGAUGCCAUCUGCAGAUAAUAAGGAUUUGUUCUCUGCAGUAAGCAAUUUACCGUUUUUAAAAGAUUUUAAUUCUUAA